ACUUGAAUGAAUUGUAUUUGAUAUAUAGAAAGAGAAAGGGCUGCAUGUAUGUGUAUAGUACUCUCGAAAACAGUAUAUUCUAUUUGCACACAACAAGCUUCAUUCACUACACUAAUUAAUUAAGCACAUACCUUUCUUAAUUCAUCAUCUCAUAAGGUAUAGUGCAAAGUAAUUAGUAUGGGAUCCUCCCUGAGUUGCUGUGGCUCUGACAAAAUUGAAGAAGCAGCGCAAACAGCAUUCGGUGCAGUUAACAACAAUUCAUGGAGAAUAUUCACGUACAAGGAGCUGCAUGCAGCUACGAAUGGAUUCAGUGAGGACAAUAAGCUUGGUGAAGGUGGAUUUGGAAGCGUGUAUUGGGGAAAAACAAGUGAUGGUCAUGAGAUAGCGGUGAAGAAACUGAAGGCAAUGAACUCGAAGGCAGAGAUGGAAUUUGCGGUAGAAGUAGAAGUACUGGGAAGGGUUAGGCACAAGAAUUUGUUGGGACUGAGAGGGUACUGUGCUGGGAAUGAAGAAAGGCUUAUAGUGUACGAUUACAUGGCGAAUCUGAGCCUUCUUUCUCAUCUGCAUGGGCAGUUUGCAAAUGAAGUGCAACUGGAUUGGAAAAGGAGAAUGAAGAUUGCAAUUGGAUCUGCAGAAGGAGUGUUGUAUUUGCACCAUGACGUCACACCACACAUCAUCCACAGAGACAUCAAAGCAAGCAACGUUCUUCUCAACUCAGACUUCGAGCCGCUUGUUGCUGACUUCGGCUUCGCUAAGCUGAUCCCUGAAGGGGUUAGCCACAUGACUACCCGUGUUAAGGGCACUUUGGGAUACUUGGCACCCGAAUACGCCAUGUGGGGAAAAGUCUCCGAGAGUUGCGAUGUUUAUAGCUUUGGGAUUCUUCUCUUGGAGCUUGUAACUGGAAGAAAGCCAAUUGAGAAGCUCCCUGGUGGGAUUAAGAGAACCAUAACCGAAUGGGCUGAGCCAUUCAUAAGUAAAUCAAGGUUCGGGGAUCUUGUUGAUCCUAAACUCAGAGGUAACUUUGAUGAGAAUCAGGUGAAGCAAGCCAUUCAUGUGGCUGCACUUUGCGUGCAGAGUGAGCCUGAUAAGAGACCCAACAUGAAGCAAGUGGUUAACCUUCUCAAAGGGUAUGAACCCAAUCAUAACACUGUUUUGAACACUAGGCUUCACACUGUCAAAUACACUGAUACAUUGAUGCCACUUGAUCAGCAUGUUGAUGAUGAUCUUGAUGAUGAUGCAACUAAUAGCAGCGCCGGCUAUGGUGUUUUUAGUGCCAUUCAGGUCCAAAAGAUGAACUUACCACCAUAAUAAUCAUGAUCCUUUCAAGCUCA